GUCAGCACAAUGCUGCUGAGACCGCGGAGGCGCACUGAGCCGAGCAGAGCGAUGAAAUGCUCCCAUCGAGGAGAACACAGAUGGACAGCCUAGUUCAGCCGCUCGUCGCCCAGUACCUCGCCAUGGGAUGCCAAUCAAAAGAAAACAACCAAAACGAAAGUAUAACGUCGGAAGAAAAGGGAAAGGACGAUGCGAGAGUGACUCCAGGAUGCGGCUCCAGGUCUAGGGUUUCUCCUCCAGGCCGCCCUCACAGGUUCCACAAACCCAGCCCGCAUCCAACCCAAACCGCCCCCAGUAAAUCCAUGAUGUCCCUGGGUCCCCUCACCAAAGGGGGGAGCUGGGAGGAGCUCAUUCAGGCCUGUCUGCAGUCCUUCGACUCGAAUGGUUGCGUGUGCGGGAGCAGCCACCUGUUGAACAUCACCCUGACCAUGCAUCGUCUCCACCUCUCCUCCAGCAAUCUGCUAGACAAACUCAUCUCUCUAUUUAAAACAGCGCUGGACAAUGAGCAACCAGCAGAGUGCCAGAGGAUAUGCUACCUCAUCAGGCAUUGGAUCCAGGAAUUCUGGAUGAUGUUCCGGUUGCACCACAGCUUGUCAGAUAGCCUGGACACGUUCCGGGAUCUGAUCCGAGAGCAGGGACAGGAGCAUCUUUGCUCUCUCCUAGAGACCAAAUGGAUAAAUGAACGGGACUGGUCAUGGAAGGCCAGCCAGAAGAUCAAAGCUAACAGCAGUAAAAAGAGGAAGGUCUCUCUUCUUUUUGAUCACCUGGAGCCCAUUGAGCUGGCUGAGCAUCUCACCUUUCUGGAGUUCAAGUCCUUCUGCAGAAUAUCAUUUGUAGACUACCAGAAUUACAUUCGAAGCUGCUGCAUGAAGGACAUCCCCGUGAUGGAGCGUUCCAUCGCCCUGUGUAAUGGUAUCUCUCAAUGGGUUCAGCUGAUGGUGCUGAGCAGGCCGACCGCUCAGCUGAGAGCUGAGGUUUUCACCAAGUUUAUCCACGUGGCACAGAGUCUACAUCUUAUGCACAAUUACAACACACUAAUGGCGGUGGUGGGAGGGCUUUGUCACAGCUCGAUCUCCAGACUGAAGGACACCACCUCACAUGUACCCAAUGAGGUCACCAAGGUACUGAACGAGAUGACAGACCUGCUGUCCUCUUGCAGAAACUAUGACAACUAUAGACAAGCUUACAACAAGUGCACAGGUUUUAAAAUCCCCAUCCUGGGCGUCCACCUCAAAGAUUUGAUUUCGGUCAACGAGGCCAUGUCAGACUAUGUGGAGGACAACAAGGUGAAUGUCCAGAAGCUCCAGGCACUCUACAACCACAUUAACGAGCUGAUCCAGCUCCAACAAAUCCCUCCCAAGCUGGAUGCUAACAAGGACCUGGUCCAUCUGUUGACGCUGUCCUUGGACCUUUACUACACUGAGGAUGAGAUCUAUGAACUGUCUUACGCCAGGGAACCCAAGAACUGUAAAGCACCUCCAGCCACCCCCUCUAGACCUCCAGUGGUUGUGGACUGGGCAUCAGGAGUGGCUCCCAAACCCGACCCCAGAACCAUCAGCAAACACGUACAGAGAAUGGUGGACUCCGUGUUUAAGAACUACGAUCACGACGAGAACGGCUUCAUUUCUCAAGAGGAAUUUGAGAAAAUUGCUGCUAGCUUUCCGUUUUCCUUCUGUGUCAUGGACAAAGAGAAGGAAGGCCUUAUCAGCAGAGAUGAGAUCACAGCCUAUUUCAUGCGGGCCAGUGUCAUCUGCUCCAAACUGGGUCUUGGUUUUGUCCACAACUUCCAGGAGACCACUUACAUGAAACCCACAUUCUGUGACAAUUGCUCAGGAUUCCUGUGGGGUGUCAUCAAGCAAGGCUACAGAUGCAAAGACUGUGGAAUGAACUGCCACAAGCUGUGCAAGGACCAGGUGGCGUUUGAGUGCAAGAAGAACGCCAAAAUGACCAACGCCAUCGACAGCCCGACACCGAGCUCCACGCCGGUUACCAUGGGCCCCUCAGAGGGUUCAGAAGACUGUCCUUUCCCCUACCCGCCACAUGACAGCAAAGACUGGAGUCCAGAGUCCCCAGUCACCAACUAUUUGAGGCCUCGGACAGUCCAUAGUGGCACCCAGACAGAGGGAAUCCAACUUUCCGCUGCAGCCCCUGAGGCCAGCCUCCCUCAGCCCUCUCUGCUGGUCCCAACAACACCCACCCUCACCUCCUGUCCCAGUCCAGUGCCCCAGAGAAAACAGCGACACUGUGCCAAGUGGGAAAACAGAGCGUCUUUUGCGCAAAAGCCUAAAGAGCCAGAAGAGGAGAGCAAACCCACCUAUGAAUUUCUGGAAUCAGAAAACCAGAGGCUCCAAAAGGCCAAUGACACACUACGUAGGAAGCUGAAGGAGGCAGAGCGUGAGGUGGAGAUACUAAAGACACUGCUCAAGAGGCACGCUCUCCACCCUGUGGAGGAGGAUUCCUCCUCCUAGACACGCACAUACACUGGACCUCCUCUAGGGAGACUGGUGCUGCCCCCCUAUGGCAGCAUGUAUAAAACUGGAUCCAAUGUUUAAUUUAUUGGUCAUGAGCAUUUCACCAGAAUAACCAGACCCAGACAAUUUGGCGUCACAUGAUAGGAAGUCGACAGUGCACAAAGCUUGUCAAGGGAUUUUAAUGCUAAUGGUACACAGUCAAUCAAAAGAGGACAAUCAGCAUGUCACCAGUAAUUGAAGUUAAAGGACAGCUUUGGUAUUUUUCAACCAGGACACUAUUUUUACACGUUUUUGUGUCUAAGUGACUAAUGGACACUGCUCCAGUAUUGAGACAGACUGCUGCAGCAGCUGAACAGGCUGCAAUGUAAUCCCUACAGGCAACGGCCCACCGUCAAUUUACAUUCACUAAAAGUGUUUGUUUUUGCUUCUGACAGGCUCAGAUUGUUAUUAGAAGUGUCUGGCAGUAUUAAGGAAAAGGCCCUAUCGUUCACCGGCCUGUCUCUUAUUGUGGGCCAGUCUACUGUGGAGAAGUCUUGCCCUGAAACCCCACAGAGUACAGAAAGUGUAGCUUAGUGUUAUCUAGAAGAUUUUCAGUGUCAUGGCUGAAUAUUUCGUUGACUUUGACUAUGUGGAAACGUCCGUGACAUUUCAGAACAAGGCUUCUCCUUGAGCAAGACCUGGUCACACUCACACACACACACACACACACACACACACACACAGAGCAAAAGAUAAGGGAAAACUUUUUCUGUGGGGUCUUUUACAUAAUGAUGUCAGAGACAUCCAAUAACAAUCUGAGCCUGUCAGUGGUACAAACAAGCACUGUUAUCGGACGUAGAUUGACAAUGCAUUACUGUCGGCAGGCAUUACAUUGCAGGCUGUGUCGCUGCAGUGGCUGCAGCAGUGUGGACCAGUUUAGAAAACUGUAGUCUCCAUUAGUCCCCCAGGCACAACAAUACGGUAAAGCAGGGUCCAGGUUCAAACAUAGCAAUCUUUCCCAUAAACUAUUUUGAGGUGUGCAUUUCUUUUAAACAAGCUAUAGUACAUAGCACACACAAUACAGUAAAAACACUGUAGCGUUAUUUAUAAAGAAGUUUGAAGUGAACAGAGGGAGCCUUUAUACUGUAUUGUUCAGUUCACAGAAGAAUGAAAAUCAUUGCAAUGAGCAUUACUCACUUAUUUUAGUGAACCAUUAAGAGUGGCUGGAGUUAGAAUCAAGUUUCCUGUCAUAAAGAUAAAAACAUACUGAAUGAAGGAGGGCAGUAUUUAACAGUGUAAAUAGGGCAGAAUGUGUUUGAUCAAUUCUCGAUCAAUAAGAGACAAGCUAUUUAUGUUAAACAUAAAAUGGAAAUCAGAGGAAAUGCAGUUUAUUGUGUAAAUCACAGGUGCAUCAUUAUUAUUGUUAUUAUUAUCAUUAUUAUUAUUAUUAUUAUUAUUAUUAAGGAUGAGAGCCCACUGAGAAUGAAAGCUGGAGGCCUCACGUGUACAGUGCUGUUGUCGCUCUGCAUCAUUGUCCAUGUUCAUAUCAAUGCACACGAUGUCGUCAGUGCUUCUGUUAAUAUUUAUUGUCUCAAACACUACACAGUUCAUAGAGAGAGUGACAGAAAUUGACAUUUUGUAUAGCAUACUGGUACUUUCAGUGAAUUAUUUAUGCUCAUGCGUGUUGGCGUCAUAUUGAUACUUUCUAUUUUCAUUGUGCAGCCAUGUCACGUUGUUGUUGUGUGUUCCGUUGAAGUGGUGUUGUACCGUGGGUCGAGAUACGUGUGUUUGUAACGUGUGAAAUGUACUGUAAAUACGAAGUAUACACAGUGCCAUCUUGAUUAAGUCAUCCUUUCUCUCAGUAUUGUUCUCUUGUUGUUAUAAUAAAUACUGUAUUCUACAUAGAAAUCA